AUGUAUGCUUUAAGAAAGGGGUCCAAGACAUCCCGCUUGAGAGGGAUUGACGAGUUCCUAUCCAUCAAGAAUCAGCCGGCUGGACAGGAAGAGGAACAAGGAGCUGGGCCUGUUCCGGUGGAAGAACAACAAGCGGUUGAUCCCCCCACGACAAGAGCAGCUGGGAAGAGAAAACUCUCAGCGGAUGAAGCCGACAAAUAUGAGAAACAGAUCCAUCGUAAGUUGCUGGUUGAUUCCUCUCCCCCCAAAGGCCAACAAAAAUCUAAGUUGAUGGCUGAUGCCAUCAAAGCUGCUGAAGAUGAAGAACAACAUGAAUCUUCUGUUGCAGGCCUGCCACGUAAAAUUGGGCUUCGUUCUCAUGGCCCAGCUCUAUCGAGUGACACUUCUUCUUAUCAUCUCCCCCAAGAUGAAGAGGAUGAGUUAAUGGCUGCAGAUGCAGAAUCUGCUCCGGUGAUGGACCUUCCUAAGUCUCCUGCAUUAGAACCAGGGGGUCUUGAAAAGAAUUCAUCCCCUUCUCCUUCAGCCUUAAUGUCACAAGCUGGUGAUUUAAUUCCUAGUCCUACAAUGGGACUUAUGAAUAAACCAGCUGUUGGAACAGAUCUUCCGGAACCUUCAGCGGCUCAGGAUGAUGAGGAGCGAGUUGAUUAUGAAGACUCCUCGAUUGGUGGUGCGGCUGACGAGGAUAGAGACGAUGAGGAUGUUGACGUUGGCAACAUGCCGGAUCAUAGUUCGCCUCCUUCGAAGACUAUUGCUGCUACUACUUCAAAGCAGGAUCCAGCGCAAGUAUCGGCUCCUCCACCAGAGCAACAUUUACCUAGAUCACCUACGGCAACUGCUUCACCUGUAGCAUUUCCUGAAACUACUGAUGCAACCCCUUCUCUGGAACAACAGAUCGUGCCGGUGUCAGCCCUUGCGCAAGAGCAGCCUCUGCCUGCUUCGUCUUCAGCAGCUGCCUCACCUACCGCGUUGAUGGCAGCUGCCUCACCUGCCGCGUUGAUGAAGAUCUCACUUACACCAACAGAGGCGAGGCCCAGCACGUCUCAGGCAAGGGCAAUGAUGGCUUUGACCUUGAGCCCAUCACAAUUGAAUGUUUCUACCGCCUCUGCAGCUUCAGUGCCUGGCUCCCCUGCACCAAUUUCAAUGGCUCUGGGAGCAUCUUCAAGUCUCGCGGGCGCACCUGAAUUCCUUCAAAUCUCUUUGGUGUACUUGAAUAGCCUCGCAAAGAAGGUGAUUGAAUAUGUGGUAGGCGGUCAGGACACUUUUAAUUCUUUUCGACAUCUUCUAGAAGCAGGCUUAAACGGAGUCCGAAGUGUGGGAAACACUCCAUGGUUCGAGCGCUGUUCUGAGAUUAUUCUUCAUUUGGAAGAACAAUUGCAGCAUUUUGAGGCCCUAGGACGUAGAGAGCUUCAGUUCGAGAUCGUGUCCACUUUGGCCAGUCUUCAGGUUGCAGAAGUGGCUCGCCGGGAGGCGAUAGAACGGGACUUGGCUGAAAGAGAGCGUCAAAUCACGGAGCUUCGCGAGCGUAAUAUUCAGAAACAAGAAGAGUUAGAACGCUCGACUACUUCCAUGAACUCGCUUCGUGAUAGACUUGUCGAAGCUGAGGCUGAAGUUCUGCAGUUAAAGGCUGAAUUUGCCCGCGAAGAAAAUGUUGUUAAUAUCCUUAGCACCCAAAAUGCUACGGGUACUCUUGAAUAUCACACACAGGCUCGAGCUUUGGAACAAGCCAGGAAUGAAGCGGCAGCUAUCAUCAUUCCCAGUGAGGAAGAGCUCCGGGCAAGGGCUGAAGCUAUGCUGCGCACCACUCACGAAGAGGAGCUAAACAAAGUUAGGGUCCAACUCACAUCUUUUGAUUUGAUGCGUGUAGGCAAUAAAAAUUGCCUUUAA